CAAAGAUUUCUGCAACCCAAUUGUAUUGUUCCAACUUCCAAGGCACAAAGAUUAUUACUUCAAGAGAUCAUGCGAAGUAUCAGCAGUUAAAAGAUUAAAUUCUCUUCUCCUUCAACUAAAUUUCCUCAGUCAUUUUCUUUUUCAUUUGGGGCACUGAUAAAUAACCAUUCCAUUUUUCCACGUAAUGGUAACGUGCAUAGAUUGAUUGGUGGAACACUUUUCUUGCACUACAAAAAUAGGAAACAAAGUUGUCACCGGUGGCUUUUUGCUUUGGUCUAUGCUCAAAAGGUGAGGUCGAAGUUCUCUGUUACUUUUCCAUCUCACAACAAUGGGAAGGUGAAAAAGUUCCCAUCAUAAACUUCUUGAUUACUUAUUUCGGGUUUGCCAAACCAAAGAAAAACUGGAGUUUUAGGCAUAAUUCAAUAGCAAAGCACAAAACCAGAACAGCUUAGUGUUAUUUAUUGUUCUUCCAUUUGAAAGUGUCAGUGUAGUCGUGUUUUGUCAAAUCUCAUGGUGAGGGUGGUUUGAGGAAUGAUGGAUUUCUGGCCAGAAUUUCUUGCAAGCAGUUCGGGAAGAGAGUUUGUAGCUGGUGGUUUUGGAGGCAUCGCGGGUAUAAUUGCAGGUUAUCCACUUGACACACUCCGCAUCAGAUUGCAGAACACAAAAAAUGGCUCUGCUUUCACCAUCUUUAAGCACAUGGUGAUAAGGGAAGGAACAACUUCUUUGUACCGCGGCAUGGCCGCACCAUUAGCCUCUGUUUCUUUUCAGAAUGCAAUGGUUUUCCAAACGUACGCGGUUCUGUCAAGGGCAUGUGACCCAUCUGUUUCUCCGAAAGACCCUGCUUCCUAUAAGGGUGUUGCAUUAGGAGGAACAGGUACCGGAGCACUUCAAAGUCUGUUACUUUCCCCUGUAGAGUUGAUCAAAAUUCAACUUCAACUGCAGAAAGAAAGCCAGAUGACAGAAUCCAUAAAGGGUCCUAUAAAGCUGGCUAAAAACAUUUGGAGAAAAGAAGGCCUUCGAGGCAUUUAUCGAGGACUUGGUGUGACUGUGAUGAGGGAUGGACCCUCUCAUGGUUUAUACUUCUGGACAUAUGAAUACAUGAGGGAACGACUUCACCCUGGUUGCAGAAAAAGUGGUGAAGAAAGUUUGAAGACUAUGUUAGUAGCGGGAGGAACAGCAGGGGUGGCUAGCUGGAUCAGUUGCUACCCUUUGGAUGUUGUAAAGAGUAGAUUACAGGCUCAAACAUCCUCUUCUCUCAAGUACAAUGGCAUCGUAGAUUGUUUCAGAAAGAGUGUUCACGAAGAAGGAUACAGUGUGCUAUGGCGGGGUUUAGGAACUGCAGUUACCAGAGCUUUCAUAGUAAAUGGGGCCAUUUUCUCGGCUUAUGAGAUUGCACUAAGAUUACUGUUUCACAACGCAAGUAUUCAUACGAAAGAAACUAUUUAGAAGAAACCACAAUAACACCAUGUGAUAUUCAACAACCAUUACAAGAUGCAAUUCACAUAUAUUCUAUUUGUAAUAUUAUUCAUCACAUGUUAAAACUUUAU